AUGGUUCGGAUUUUGCACGUGUACGCUGCCACGUGCGGAGCUGCAAUGCUUGUAUACGCGGGAGGGCAUGGGAAGAAAGCUACUUGUAAAGAACCCUCUACCUUCUCUCCUACUCUUCUUUCCUGCGCAAUUCAAAACCAGAAAAUCCGAGGAAAUGCCAGUGAAACCCGAGAUCGAUUCCACUAACAUCGUCGAUCUCGGUAGCAGUGACGAUGAAGAUGAUAAUAGUGUUCGGCAAUCUAACACCGGAGCCCACGAACCGACCCCACCCAUGGCCCACCGUCUGAGUUCAAGCAAUCCAAACACAGGCGAGUCCCGCAGUUUCUGGAGGGCGGGUGCCUAUGACGCCGUUUCUACUCCGGCUCCUACCGCCACAGGUCAGCUGGAGCAUGCGCGUGUGCACCCAAAGUUUCUACACUCCAAUGCGACAUCACACAAAUGGGCUUUUGGAGCUAUUGCGGAGCUUUUGGACAAUGCAGUUGAUGAGAUUUGCAAUGGUGCAACCUUUGUAAAGGUGGAUAGAAUUUACAAUAAGAGGGAUAAUAGUCCAGCAUUGCUUUUUCAAGAUGAUGGAGGGGGAAUGGAUCCAGAGUGUAUGCGGCAAUGUAUGAGCUUGGGGUACUCUUCAAAGAAGACAAACACAACAAUUGGACAAUAUGGUAAUGGCUUCAAGACAAGCACAAUGCGACUAGGUGCCGAUGUCAUUGUUUUUAGUCGCAAAAUUUUUGGAAGCCGAAUAACACAAAGCAUUGGUCUUCUAUCAUAUACCUUUUUGAGAAGAACUGGGCAGGAUGACAUACUUGUUCCAAUGGUUGAUUUUGACAUAGUUGAUGAUCGUGCACAACCAAUAAUUUAUAGCUCACAAGAGGAUUGGAUUGGUAACUUCAAAAUUAUCCUUGAGUGGUCUCCCUUCUCUUCAAAGGAGGAGCUUAUGCAACAGUUUGAGGAUAUUGAAUCUCAUGGAACAAAAGUAAUUGUAUAUAACUUAUGGCUUAAUGAUGACGGCGUUUAUGAAUUGGAUUUCGAUGAUGAUGAUGAGGAUAUACAAUUGAGAGAUGAACCCAAUUUGUUAAGCUUGUCAAAAUCACCCAAGGCAACAAUCCAAUCACAUAUUUCACACCGCAUUCGAUAUUCAUUGCGGGCAUAUGCUUCCAUUCUUUAUCUUAGGAAAUUUACAAAUUUCCACAUCAUAUUAAGGGGAAAACCUGUCGAACAACUUAGCAUUGCCGAUGAGUUAAAAUUUUCGAAAGUAAUACCUUACAGACCACAAGUUGGGAUGGCUUUGAGAGAGGUGACAGUGGAAACAACCAUAGGGUUUGUAAAGGACGCCCCCACUCUCAAAGUCUGUGGGUUCAAUGUCUAUCAUAAAAAUCGCCUGAUAAUGCCAUUCUGGAAAGUUCUCCAUGAAGGUUCUAGCAGGGGAAAGGGUGUUGUUGGUUUUCUUGAGGCAAAUUUUAUCGAGCCUGCCCACGACAAACAGGAUUUUGAAAGAACAGCUCUGUUCAUACGGCUGGAAAUGAGGCUUAAGCAAAUGAUUCUCGACUAUUGGAAAAGCCACUGCCACUUGAUAGGACUAGGCUUACAAAGGCCGGGCAUGCAUAAUAUGUGGAAUGAAUUUCCUACUUCUCAACCUUUCAGCGGACUUGAAGCAAAUUUGCCGCAGGAUUUUGCUUCUGAGCAACCUGUCGUUGGACUCGCAGCUAAUUUGCAGAAAGAAUUGCCUACAGCUCAACCAAUCAUUGGACUAGCAGCUGUCAGUGGAAUUGAACAGAGUACAUCCUACCAAAGCAUGUUCUACAAACAGGUGCCAAAUCGGCAUGAUCAAAAGCCAGAAAAUAUGGUGAAUAUGCAGGUGCCAAUCCAAGCAAAUGGACAUCAAGCAGGCCAGAGUGACGGAAGGCGGGGGCUUGGGGCACCACGUCAUCACUCAUCUUUUUGUGGGAAGAAGCUAUGCUAUCAUGAUGUUUUGUUAAAAAAAAAAAACUGCAUUGCAUCAUGGAGGCUUCUUUCUGUAAAAUGACAAGUGUACUUGAAUCCCAUUCUCCAAAAGUCCUAAUUGUAUUUAAUGAUUUAUGGGUAAUCUGAGUCCUGAAUUGGGAAGUCUUGUGAGAAAUUAUAUAGGAGAAUUUCACUGGUGUUUCCUGUCCUUAUGGCGAGGUGACAUCUAACCCGGUGGAAAGUAUUGAUGCUUUGAGAGGGAUUCCACAUCAUUUCAUCAUCAUCUUUUUGCUCUUGCAAAAAGGGGAUAUGAGAAGGUUAUGCGGUUGGCUUGUAGGCAUCACUUUCUUAGUACUCUUGUUUGCUUUUCUUCAACAAACAUCUGAGUCCAUUUGCCUCUUACCAACCUGAGAAAUUUUCUUCUUCUUCUAUGCUAUAUCUUAAAAAACACAUCUCUUUAAAGCACUUCUCUCUCUUCUAUGAUAGGGCAUACAUGUUAAGGAUUAGAGCCAUUAUGAGGCUGUGUCAUUCAUUAUGUGUCCUUGGCCCAAAAAUCAAGACACUCCACUCAUAAAAUGGACCACAUCAAAACUUUGAAUAUGGGCUGUUGGCCAUUUUAUCUUCUGUCCAUUUGUAUCAUACACAUUGCCCAACUGAUGAGUUGCCUGGCCUGAUUCUUUGUCAAGGCAUGUUCACCAUGGCCUCACCUAAUGAAUGGUCCUGAUCUCCCACAUGUACCAUGUUGGCAUGUGUGCUUCUAGGCUCCUUCCAUUUCACUCCCAAGCAUGGUCACAAUAUCCCUGUCCCAUCCACGUGCAUUGCUCAUGCCAGUUACUAGUUAUAGCAUUAUAAUUUUCCAUAUUUUUUAACGUCAUUAUAGCCAUGACAGCCUUUAUUUGCAACUGACUGAAAAA